AUCCGGAGAACCCAAGGAGGAAGGCCGUGACUCGAAGCCCAGAUCACUGCGCUUCACCUGGAGCAUGAAGACCACCUCGUCCAUGGAGCCGGGAGACAUGAUGAGAGAAAUCCGCAAGGUGCUGGAUGCCAACAACUGCGACUACGAGCAGCGCGAGCGCUUCUUGCUCUUCUGCGUGCACGGCGACGCGCGGCAGGACAGUCUCGUCCAGUGGGAGAUGGAGGUGUGCAAACUGCCCCGUCUGUCUCUCAACGGCGUGCGCUUCAAACGCAUAUCGGGGACGUCCAUCGCCUUCAAGAACAUCGCUUCCAAAAUUGCCAAUGAGCUCAAGCUCAAGCUGAAGGCUGAGGAUCUCCAAAAAUGCAAUUAAACUCCAAUACAUUUCAUCCUUCCACACACUCUUCCCAUUUAUUCUCUGGACAUGGUACUGUACAUUUCUGCGGAAAGAUCCCUUGGGCCACUGUGGUUCAGUCCCACUGGAGCACAUUAAAGCAUACUUGAAAUGA